AUGUCGUCACACGAUGGCUCGCGUUCGGUGCGCCAGUCGAAGCGCUAUUCAGUCACGGCGCUGUACCUAUCCAUGUCCGCAAAGGACAAGGAUCUGGAGAUUGAAGAUGACCUAGCUAAAGCGCAGAAGAUAUUGCGUGAACUCAAAUCCAAGAUCUCGUCGCAAUCGAAGAAGAACUUCGUUCUCGAAAAGGACGUGCGCUAUCUCGAUUCACGUAUAGCACUGCUCAUUCAGAACCGCAUGGCUUUGGAAGAGCAAAAUGAGGUCGCAAGCCACCUUGACGAUGCUACCGAACUUCAAGAGGGCUUCUUUCCGAACGACGAGAAGACUCAAAAAUACGGAAACUUGCUUUUUCUGCUCCAGUCCGAGCCCAGACACGUUGCGCAUCUUUGCCGCCUUGUAUCCAUGGCCGAGAUCGAUGCGCUACUACAAACAGUCAUGUUCACUAUCUACGGAAACCAAUACGAGAGUCGCGAAGAACAUCUGCUACUCACUAUGUUCCAGUCUGUCCUCACAUAUCAGUUCGACAACACACCGGAUUACAGUUCGCUCCUUCGCGCAAACACCCCCGUUUCUCGCAUGAUGACCACCUACACUCGACGAGGACCUGGUCAGAGCUAUCUGAAGGUCGUUCUGCAGGACAGCAUUAAUUCACUGAUCGAGCUUAAGGAUCUCAAUCUGGAGAUUAACCCUCUCAAGGUGUACGAGAAGAUGGUCACCGACAUUGAGGAUCAGCAGGGUACCCUCCCAGCGAACCUGCCCAAAGGUGUGACUGCCGAACAGGCUGCAGAGAACGAGACAGUGCAGCAGAUCAUCGCUCCCCGGUUGACAAUGCUCAUGGAGAUUGCUAACAACUUUCUGACCACCAUUAUCACUGGCUUAGAAGAGACGCCAUAUGGUAUCCGAUGGAUAUGUAAACAAAUUCGCAGUUUGUCGAAGCGAAAGUACCCAGACGCACAGGAUCAGACCAUCUGCACGCUCAUUGGCGGUUUCUUCUUUCUUCGAUUCAUCAACCCGGCCAUCGUCACUCCACGGUCAUACAUGCUCAUUGAUGCGACUCCAGCGGAAAAUCCCAAACGGACACUGACAUAUAUUGCAAAGAUGCUCCAGAACCUGGCCAACAAACCGUCUUACGCAAAGGAACCAUACAUGGCAAAACUCCAGCCAUUCAUCCAGCUCAACAAGGAUCGCAUUAACAAAUUUCUGCUUGACUUAUGCGAAGUCCAAGACUUCUAUGACACGUUGGAAAUGGACAACUACGUGGCGCUUUCCAAAAGAGAUCUAGAGCUAUCCAUCACUCUAAACGAAGUGUAUGCGACACACUCCCUGUUGGAGCGGCAUGCCGUGGAAUUGGCCAAGGAUGACAGCUCACAUCUUGGUGUCAUUCUCGGAGAGCUUGGUCCUGCUCCUGCCCAGCUACCUCGCAAGGAAAAUCGAGCAAUCAAUCUUCCUUUGUUCAGCAAGUGGGAAACUCCCAUUGACGAUCUGACUGCAGCUCUGGACAUCACCCAGGAAGAGAUCUUCUUUAUGGAGGCUAAGUCGACAUUUGUGAUGAUCUUGAGAUCGCUGCCGCCAAACAGCUCCAUCACCCGGCGACCGCUAAGACUGGACCGCAUUGCCGAAGCAGCGGCCACCACGAAGAACGACUCGGUCAUGGUGAAGAAGGGUAUUCGCAGUAUGGAGUUGCUGAGCCAGCUACAAGAGCUUGGAGUCGUAGACAAAGAAGACGGUUUCUCACUGCUCCGCGAUGAGGUUGAGCAGGAGCUGGUGCACCUUGGCUCCAUGAAGGAGAAGGUUAUAGAAGAGACCAGGAAACUUGAAGAGGUUUUCCGCACCAUUCGCGACCACAAUGCCUACCUCGUUGGGCAGCUCGAGACCUACAAGUCAUAUCUCCACAACGUCCGCAGUCAAUCCGAAGGCAAGACCAGGAAACAGCAGAAGCACCAAGUAUUGGGACCAUACAAAUUCACCCAUCAGCAACUUGAGAAGGAAGGAGUCAUCCAGAAGAGCAAUGUGCCUGAAAACAGGAGAGCUAACAUCUACUUCAACUUUACCAGUCCAUUGCCUGGAACCUUUCUGGACGACCUGCUUGAGAUGCAGAAAGACAACCAGGAGGAUCUAGAUCUGGAGUACGUCCAGUUCAACGUUUCCAAAGUGCUCGUCCUUCUAAACAAGCGAUUCGCUCGCAAGAAGGGUUGGUAG